UCGCCGAGGCGGAAGCCAGGCUCGCCGUGGGUCAGGUCGCAAAGAUGGCGUCCCCCGCUUCGGCUCGGCCUUCGGCCGGAAAGCGAGUGGUGAGUCAGGAUGAACUGCGGCGGUUGAUGAAGGAGAAACAGCGUCAGAGCACCAACAGGAAACGCAUAGAGUCUCCAUUUGCGAAGUACAACCGUCUGGGGCAGCUGAGUUGUGCCCUGUGUAACGCCCCGGUUAAGAGCGAGCUCCUGUGGCAGACGCACGUCCUGGGGAAGCAGCACCGGGAGAGAGUGGCCGAGCUGAAAGGCGCCAAGGAGGCCACGCAGGGGCCGGCCGCCGGCGCAGUGCCUCCGUCCGCCAAGAGGAAGGCGCCGGACUCCGACGGCCAGGACGCCAAAAGGCCGAAGGCCCCCCAGGUGCCUCCGGUGCAGCCCUCCACGUCCGCUGUGCACGCCCACGUUGACAAAGCAGGAAAGGAGUCCAUUAGAGCGACCCCCGGUAAGGCUUCGGCACUCGGUUUACUCCCUGAUUAUGAAGAUGAGGAAGAGGAGGAGGAGGAAGAGAAGGAGAAGGGAGGAGAAAGGCCAGAGGGGGACGCCAGCAAGCAGCCGCCCGACACACAGGGCAGGGAACACCCACUUUCCUCCUCGCGGGAGGCAGCAAGCAGCGGGCUGCCUAGAGACUUCUCGACUGCAAAUCCUCCCAAGGCCCCUGUAAUUCCUCACUCGGGGUCCAUUGAGAAAGCAGAAAUACAUGAGAAAAUCGUGGAAAGGAGAGAAAACACUGCGGAAGCAUUGCCGGAAGGCUUUUUUGACGACCCUGAGAUAGAUGCGAGGGUGCGAAAGGUUGACGCCCCGAAGGAUCAGAUGGACAAAGAGUGGGACGAAUUUCAAAAGGCCAUGAGACAGGUCAACACUAUUUCCGAAGCCAUCGUUGCUGAAGAGGAUGAGGAGGGGCGGUUGGACCGGCAGAUUGGGGAGAUCGAUGAGCAGAUAGAGUGUUACCGUCGGGUGGAAAAGCUGCGGAAUCGCCAGGAUGAAAUGAAACAUCAGCUUAAAGAGGUCCUGACGAUGAGAGAGCUGCAGAAAAAGGAAGAGGAGAAUGUUGACAGCGACGAUGAGGGAGAACUGCAGGAUUUGUUGUCUCAGGAUUGGAGGGUGAAGGGGGCUUUGUUGUAGGAUUUCCAGGACCCAGUAUUUCUAAUACGCAU